AUGGAGGCGGACAGAUCCGGCGGAGGACCAAACCCGAACUUCGGAGGCGGCAGCGGUGGAUCAGGGCGCAACCCAAACGGGCCCAAAGCACCAACGGGCCAGUCAGCACCAGUAGCUGCUACUGCUAUGGCGGCAGCGGCAGUCGGGGCCAUGCCCGGAUCGUCACACCUCCGCGAAUCACAGCAGGACAGCGAUUCGGGAAUGACUCUUCCCGGGAUCCUGCACUUCAUCCAGUACGAGUGGGGACGCUUCCAGGCCGAGAAAUACCGCUGGGAGGCAGAGAGAGACGAACUUCGGGCUCAGGUAGCAUUCCUUCAAGGUGAGCGUAAAGGACAGGAAAAUAUGAAACAAGACCUAGUAAGACGGAUUAAAAUGUUGGAAUACGCUCUAAAACAAGAAAGGGCCAAACACCAGAAGCUGAAGACAGGAAAUGAUCUAAGUCCAGGUGACAAGAAGCCAGAGAUGGAAGCAGAACCAAUUCCCAAUGGCCCAGCUGAGUCAGAUUCUGAGCCAGCCAAUCAGAUGUCAUGGAAGGAGGGACGUCAGCUACUACGCAAAUACCUCGAGGAAGUUGGUUACUCAGACACAAUACUCGACAUGCGUUCAAAGCGAGUGCGCUCACUGCUCGGGCGGAACAGCCCCGAAGCAAACGGGCCGCCACCUCCUGAAUCUUCUCCGGAGCCUGACACACGAGCAAGUGGAGAAUCCUUGUUGGUCAGACAGAUAGAAGAGCAAAUUAAGAGGAAUGCAGGCAAAGAAAGCUCCAAGGAACGUCUCAGCGGCUCGGUAAUCGAUAAAAUUCCUUUCCUGCAUGGAUGCGAGGACGAUGACGAGGACGACAGCGACGAAGAGGACGACUUUCAAGGCAUGGCGACAGACUGCAUUGACGGCCCUCGCAAGAGCAAAAAGUCUCGAGUAAAGAUGGUUUCAGAGCCCAUGACCACAGACCUAGACCCGGAAGACGAGGAGGAUGAGGACGACUCUGAAGACGCCUUGAGUGAAUUUGACUUUCUGGGCUCCGGGGAGGAUGGGGAGGGGGCGGGAGAGGCCAGGAUUUCAGGGGACGGACGGGAGUUGGGUUCAGAGAACCGCAGGAACAAGUUGCAAGGCAUGAUGUCGGACUUCCCCGCAAAACCUGCCCCACCGCCCUCUGUAUCGGGACAAGCCCGCUCUGGAGAAGGUGGUGCCUUGGGUUUCUCCUCAGAUGUCUUCAUCAUGGAUGCAGUCGGAGGCGGUGACAUGAACUUGGGUGAACUGGCUGAUCUCACCGUCGCCAAUGACAACGAUCUCUCCAUGGAUAUGCAGGAUAACAGAGAGGAGUUCAAGAAGACGUGGAACCCCCGUUUCACACUACGUAGCCACUUCGAUGCCAUCCGUGCUUUGACGUUUCACCCCAGUCAAGCGGUGCUGCUCACAGCCUCUGAGGAUGGAACAUUAAAACUGUGGAACCUUAAUAAAUCUAUGCAUUCUAAGAAGAACGCCGCGUUAGAUGUUGAGCCCAUCUACACGUUUCGAGCGCACAGUGGUGCAGUUUUGUCACUAACUAUGGGAGAAGAUGGAGAUUCCUGCUACAGCGGAGGCCUGGAUGGAAGCGUGCGGUGUUGGAAGAUGCCAGACCUCAACGUGGAUCCGUAUGACAACUACGAUCCUGGUAUCGAGAGCAGCGUGCUAGCAGGCCAUGAAGACAGCGUGUGGGGUCUCACAUACUCUGCAGUCCAACAUCGGCUUGCAUCGUGCUCAGCGGAUGGCACCAUUCGCAUCUGGGACCCACGGAACUCUGCCCCCUGCCUGUCUGUCUUCAACAAGGAGAGAGAACAUGGAACGCCCACCUCAGUGGCCUUCGUGGCCUCUGACCCCAACCAAGUGGUUGUGUCAUUUGACGCAGGCGAAACUCUUCUCUACGACCUGAACACCGAGCAGAGUGUCACAGCACUAGAGACGCAGACCAAGGAUGGAAGUGAACUAAUUAACCGUGUGGUCAGUCACCCAUCUGAGCCCCUCUCUAUCACUGCACACGAGAACCGCACCAUCCGCUUCUUAGACAACAAAACGGGUAAAGUGGUCCACUCCAUGGUGGCUCACCUGGAUGCAGUUACAUGUCUUACUACAGAUCCUAAAGGCACUUACCUCAUCUCUGGCAGCCACGACUGCUCAGUACGCCUAUGGAUGCUCGACAACAGGACGUGCGUCCAGGAGAUUACUGCCCACAGGAAGAAACACGACGAGGCCAUUCACGACGUGGCCUUCCACUGCUCUCAGCCCUUCAUUGCCAGCGCCGGCGCCGACGCACUUGCCAAGAUUUUUAUCUGA